AUGGGUGGACUAGCAGUCCAACAAAACUGUAGAGAAAGAUUUUAUGUCAAUUGUCACGUUAUCAUUUCAGUUCUUAACCUUUGUACGUGUACGCCUAUUAUUCGACAACACCACUGGCAGAUACGACAAACAGAUUUGUCAUGUGACGUACCAACCAAUAAUGUAGGGUUGGCUAUCACUGUGAAAACUUUGAUAGAAUGCUUGGCCUACGCACAGCAAAGGUAUGGAGACGAUGGUGUGGUGACAUUCAACGUCACUACCGGUUUAUGUAUAACUCCUGAUAAUUCCACAACGCCCAAUGCAGUUGGUCGCCUUUAUGAAAAAGCCAGUUCACCAGUGGAUGUUGACGACCCCAUACCAGAAUUUUGCCAUACUUCCUGGAACAUGACUUAUAAAACACAAGCUGUUGGAGUAGUCGAGUAUGGAGACAAGACGUUAUUAAUUGACAUCUUAGACAAAGGUGCAGAUAUAAAAGUUCAGCUGGGGGAAAAUUUCUUUCUUGAAUCAUCUUACAUCUUACAAAGAGUUACAGAAAGGUGUGCCGUAGUACCAUUUGUAAUAGCCAAAUCAGCAUGGGAUACUUUAUUUCCGGAUUCUUUCUUGAAAAUAACAUUAGUAUGUACGAAUGGGGAUAUUUUUAUUGCCAGACAGUAUAUUGGGGUUGGAACAGUCAUCAAUUCUGGUUUCGAGAAUAUGGACAUCACUUGGUAUACAAGAAAACUCCCUGAGGAUCCUAUUCAGGAAAAUCCCAUUUACUCCCAUCAAGCAAACGGUUUGAUAUCAAAAGGGUCAAAGGAGACAUUGGUAUCAGCUGUAAAGAGAGGAAAAAGGAUAAAACUUUUUGUAGAUUCCCAGCUGCCAUGUAUAACUUCUCUACAACGUCUAGAAAUAAAUGCACAGAUGGGUGACUGCAAUAUCAUUGCUCAGAAUAUAUUUCGUAUAGGUGUAAAAAUGUAUUCCAACGCCCUAUCAAUCCCUUUAUACUGGUGGAAUGCCUUGUUUUCUACUCUAGGUGAAGUCAAAAUAUCUCGUUGGUACAUCGGCAGUCACGUGCAUAAAAGCGACACAGGAACAGCAUAUGAUAUGGCUUGGUAUGUUGAUGAAUGUUGGGGCUUUGCUUUCAUGUAUUCUAAUGAUGGGUCAGUAUUGUCAGGAAGUAUAGAAAUCCUGAAAGCAAAUAUACUAGCCGGGCGCCGAGUUCGUGUUCUCUUCGAUUCAUAUUCAAUAGAAGCUGAUAACAUUUUGUUAUCAAACAACACCCAGGUAGUAACUGGACAGUUUUUGAACCAACUUGACACUUCAUCACCUAUGGUGUUCUCUGCUGGGCAGUGGAAAUGGGUAAGACUAUCAACAGACGGGUCAGUCAUGACGGACAUAUAUGAAUUGGGGUCAUCGGCUAAAAUAAGUAACAGUGCCAUGCUGUCAUCGGCUUCCUGGUUUGUAGAGAGACGCAAAUGGAGAGAGGUUUUGGUUACUUCCCCAAAUGGAACAGCUUUGGUUGGUUCCAAGUCGGCGCUGGUACAGGCAGUUCGCCAAGGGUCAACGCUACGGUGUGUUGUAGUGUUUUCAAAUGACGACACACUUGUAUUUACUGCAGAUAAUAUUGAAAUUCACACUGAUGGAAAUGUCGCUGCUCAGUUGUUUAAGUACAUAGAGUUUGGUGAUGUAAACGACGGGAUGUUCAUACCAUACUGGAGGAUUAUGCUUGUUUGCACAACGGGUAAAGUGCAAGAGUCAAGAUGGACGGUCGGGGAACAUGAAAAAAGAGGCGAAGUACUACACAAUAGUGUUACGUCUUGGUUUGUUGAUACUUGA